UUCUUCUUCUUCUUCUUCUACUUCUUCUUCUUCUUCUUCUAUAUAUGGUACCCGAGAAACUGACUGAAAAACGAACGCCAAUUAAAUAAUAGAAGAAGAGCGAAAGAGAAGGAAAAGGGAAUAAAAAAAAAAAAGAAAGAAAAGACAAUAAAAGGAUUUAAGUGUUUUGAGAAAGGACAAGAAAUGGUUUCAAUGGUUUCAUCAGCUGUCCUUGGAGCAGCUGCAGGCACAGGAUUGGCUUUGGUAGUCGCAAUGACUAUAGUCAUCUAUAGAUAUUACGCCUUUAAACGUAAAGGAAAGUAUUGGAGUAAUCUCGAUCGAUGGCCAGACCCACCACAAACCAACAACAAAAACAACGAAAAAACGUCUGAUACACAUCAACAUCCUUGUCAUGACAAAUCUGCCACGACUUCUUCUUACGUUUUGGAUUGUUGGAAAAAACCACAACAAAGUUAUUAUGCCGUACAGAAAACUGAAUUCAACGUCGCCAAGGAACAACAUACUAUACAACCAUCACCCGUAAUGGUCGAAUCAGGAGGAUUACCCCAUCAAAGUCGUAGUUAUCCGUGUGGUAGUGGGGGAAGUGGAAGUGGACGAGCCCAUGGAAGAAAUUCAUCCGUCAGCUCGCAAAGUUCUCAAGAAGGUGCCUCAGGUCCUUCCCCUCAUCGUGGUUCUUCCCCUCAAAUCAGAGCGUUCGGACCCGAUGGACGUCAUCAUCAACAACAACAUCAUCACCAUCAUCAUCAUCAUCAUCAUCAUCAUGAUCCUUUACACGCCGCUUCUUCAUAUCCACCUAGCAGAAGUUCAAGAUCGCCAUCACCAGCAAGAACAGCAUCACUAGAUGCAAGAUGUGGAAGUCCCGCGAGUUAUUCCGGAAGUCUACACAGCGGAAAUGCUUCACCCUCACAAAGUUCUCUAUCGUCAUUAGCAACAGGCGUUAGUUCAUCUUGUGGAUGUCCUUCGAUUAGUGGCAUCCAAGGAACGCCAAGAGCUAGUCGUUGUCUUUCACCACUUCUCAUUCCUCCUGCGCGUGCUUCUAUUAGCGAUGGUGGUCCAGCACCACCAGCAUCACCUUUAGGUUCACUUCAACCAGAUCUUUAUCAAAGAAGAGAUGGUCCAGUAUUUUUAAGCGCUCGAAGAACCGGUAAAAGCCUCGGCCGAUUGCAUUUACGUUUGAAGUAUGAUUUCGAUCGAUCCGAUCUCCACGUUCAUCUAAUCGAAGCACAUGAUCUAGCUGGCAGCGAUCAAGGUGGUUUCAACGAUCCUUAUGUGAAACUGACACUCAGUCCUGAAGUUGAUGCACGCAAGAGGCAAACCCCGAUUCAUAGAAAUGAUCCUAAUCCUUUUUUCGAUCAACACUUUAAAUUUCCGGUCAGUUAUGAAGAAUUACAGGACAAGACGUUGGUUCUACAGGUAUUCGAUUACGAUCGUUUCUCAAGAAACGACAUUGUAGGAUCAGUUAGGGUCGCGAUGGACAGUUUAGAAUUACCUUCAACCUCAUCUUCCGUCGAAGUUUGGGGCGAAAUUGAACGUGAGAAAAAACCACCAGAGGAGAUUCAAGAGGUUCUUCUUUCGCUUUCUUAUUUACCCAGUGCCGAAAGACUCACUGUGGUUAUACUCAAAGCAAGAAAUUUAUUCCCAUCGCAGGAAAAGGAAACAUUGGAUCCAUUCGUAAAGGUCAGUCUUCUUUGUGGCGAUAAAAGAGUAAAGAAGAAAAAGAAAACUGCUGUGAGAAAGGCAACGACGAGUCCUGUAUGGAACGAAGCAAUGACCUUCAAUGUUCCUGCGACUUCUCUCGCAACAUCCGCGAUCGAGGUAUGCGUCUUAGAUUCAAGCAGCGAACUCAUCGGUGGAAAUGCUAUAGUUGGCUCUUGCAUAGUUGGACCAGCUACAGUAUCAACAAGAUCAGGAUCAGAAAGUAGUAGCAAUCAGACUCGUGAACAUUGGCAUCAUAUGACUCAGUCGCCAAGAAAGACCAUUGCCAUGUGGCAUACAUUGCAUUAGUUUUUUUUCAUUAGACUCUUAAACGUCAUCGUUGAAUAUUUUAUCAAAGAAUUUCCAAUUGGGGAAAUAUCUCUUAUAGAAGAAUCCAAAAAAAUAUAAUUCCGAUAUCCUUAAAGGAAGAAAGAAUGAGAGGAAAAAAAGAAAAGAAAGAAAGAAAAAAGAAAAAGAAAAGAAAGAAUGAAAAAAUAAGAAGAGAUCUAAUUCAAUUAAUUUCGUAUUAACUUUAGAAAUUAUUUAAACGAUUAAUUGAUCAAGAUCUGAUAUUGAUAAAUGAAAGGAACGUGUUUUAUCAUAUUAGCAAGGUUCGAUACCAAACUAUCAGGUACCAUAAUCAAUAAUUGGAUCAACAAAGAAAAAUAUGUAUCUCCUCCUCUUCUCCAUACUCGUAAUCUCUAAUCUAAAUAAUCCCUUGUUCACUUUUGUGAUAGCCUUAGGGAAUAUCGUUGAAUAACGAUAUAAAACAUAAAAACUAAGUAGUGUUAUUAUACAUGUAAAACUAAAAAAAAAAGAGGCAGAAGAAGAAGAAGAAAAAA